AUGAGCAUGUUGGUUUGCACACCUAGUGGGUUGGGUGCAAUGGGGAGUAUUGGAGAUUACGUGUGUUGGAAGCAAGGUGGUGGCAGUGUGAUGGCAGUGGAUGCGAUCAACAGAGACCCCUCCAUCCUCCCACAUCACCAUCUGCGCCUCACCACGGCCAACUACUCCAUGACUGCCCCCAUCGCCAGCAUGAUGGCUGCCUACAGCGUGGUGAGGCAUGCGGCCAGUGGCAGUGGUGGGGCAGCACACAUCGGAGCAAGCAGCGCUGCCUACAGUCUGGUGAGGCAGCGGCCAGUGGCAGUGAUAGGGCCGCACACAUCGGAGCAGGCAGCGCUGGUGAGCCCAUUCGCCACGGCCACUCAAGUGCCCUUCGUGUCCGCCUCUGCCACGGACGCGCAGCUCACUGUGGGCGGCACACGACCCUUCUUCAUGCGCACUGUGCAGAGCGACGGCCACCAGAUGCGCGCCAUUGCCGGUGGGUGGGUGUGUGCUCUCCCGUUUUCCCUGUAUCUCCCACCAGGUGAGAGCAACGGGCAUCUGGUGCAAGCCAUUGCAGACAUUCUGGCAAUAUACCAGUGGAAGGCAUUUAUCGCCAUUCACAGCGACGACCGAUACGGAGGCAAUGGCAUCACAGCGCUGGAAGCAUGCGUGCUUGCACUCAAUCAAGGCAUCAGCAUGGCUCAUCGCGUGGCUAUCACCCCAGGGAGCACGGCAGCAGAGGUGCAGCAGCGCCCUGCAGGUGCUGCUGGAGGUGGACACUGCUGUGUACGUUUUGCACGCAUCCACUGCCGUUGCCACGGCGGUUAUACUUGCUGGUGCGUGUGCAUUCAUGAGACGCCUCAGGAAGCUUCUCAUUUCACGCAGCAGCGCCUGCAGCAGCUGUGUCAGCGCCUGCAGGUGCUGCUAGAGGUGGAUACGGCUGUGUGUGUGCUGCACACGUCCACUGCCGUUGCCACAGCCGUCAUUCUAGCAGCGAACAGGCUGGGUCUGUUUUCGGCCAACAACGUGUGGAUUGCAACGGAAGGGAGUGCACUCCUCGCUGGCUCCGCCCUGCACUAUGCUCAGGGCAUGAUAGUGACGGCCACGAACAUCCCUACCUCCGCUCCCCUGACUGCCUUCAUCUCAAAGUGGCUCACCCUCGACCCUGUGCGCUUCCCCAACGUCAGCCGCCAGAUGCCCAUGGCCUAUGCCCUGGCUUCCCACGAUGCAGUCUACCUCAUCGCUCACGCUCUACACUCCAUCCUCUAUAACAGCAGUUCCGCCAGCAGGAGCAACUCUGUCUCGCUCCCCUCCUCUCACGAAUCCCUCACCUCACCCACUCCCUCUCUCACCAUCCCUUUCCCCCCUCCUCCAAUCCCAACCCCCCCACUCCACACGCUGCAAGCAGCCAUGCUGAGAAUCACGUUCAUGGGCGCAUCAGGCACCAUCUCCCUGUCCCCGUGGGGGUGUGGGUUCCAUGCUGCGAGCAGCCAUGCUGAGAACGACGUUCGUGGGCGCAUCAGGCACCAUCUCCCUGUCCCCCUGGGGCGACCAGCAGAGCAACCUCACUCGCAUCCUCAACAUCCACCACAGUCAAGCCUCAUGCUCUCCCCUCCCGACCCUGCCUUCUAUCCCCCCUCGCUUCAGUGGGGCCCCAUGCUGCGAGCAGCCAUGCUGAGAACGACGUUCGAGGGCGCAUCAGGCACCAUCUCUCUCUCCCCCUGGGGCGACCAGCAGAGCAACCUCACUCGCAUCCUCAACAUCCACAGCCAAGCCACUGACCAGUCAACUCAGUCAACUCAGUCAACAAAGUCCCCUAUGGAUGCCACUAGUGCAGUCACUGGGUCAGUGAGCCUGCAAGGAAACGUGGAGGUGGUACCUGUGGGCUACUGGUCUCCCACGCGCCGCCUCUAUCAAACAACAGCUGCUUCGGUGAGGCUUAUGAGAGUGUGA